AUGGUUCUCGGUUUCCGUCGGAAGUCAAUCUCGAAGAAAGACACGGACAACAAUGCCCCGAUCCGCAACUCACCGUCGCUGCCGGAGCUGAAGGCCCAAGGGAUUCCCUGGCCCGAGAACCUGGUCGAUAUCAAUACUAUACGUCAGAAUACCCUCCCUGAACGUCUCCAUCAAGGUGCGGUGAAAAGUUCUUUACCGGUCAGCGACCGCGCCCCCAUUCCAUUCCACAAACCAUUUCGAGGCUCUCCAGGACAGUCAGAGAAUGGCGCACCGAAGUCAGGCCAAAAGCCGGGGGGCCUCAUUUCUUCCUUGUACAUAUCAUCUCCUCCACCUUCUGCCUUCGAUAACUGGAGGUCACCUGGCCAGACACAGCGAAGAACCAGGCCUAGCACUCGGAAGCCACGCACGCCGCCUACUUUUAAUUUGAUGGUUGUAGGAGGACAGGGCACCGGGAAGACGUCUCUACUCAGACUGCUACUGGAGACUGCUGACAUAUCCCCUACCGCGACUGCCGACCAAAGGGCCGCUGUCGACCGCUUCUUGAACGGGAAGCUCAAAUGCACUCAUAAUAUCCAGACAGCUUGUGUUGAGAUAUGCGAGUCUCGGUUCGACCGAGUGUUGUUCUCCGUCAUUGAUACUCCUGGCCUUGAUUUCCGGGAGGGCCGCGAGCUGAAGCUGGACAGACAAGUAACGGGAAUAAUGAGAUAUAUUGAUGGACUGUAUGCGGACACCAUGAACGAGGAAUCAAAGGUCGUUCGGCAGAGUAAAGGCGAUCAUCAUAUUCACUUAUGCAUAUACAUGAUCGACCCUGCUUCCGUUAUCUCCACGUCUGCGCGUCGGGCACAGUCGUCAUUGCCCUCGAAGACUCGGUCGGACACCACCAUAACGUAUCGCCCGCAGGACCUUUCUGAGGCUUCCGAGGGUGCCGAAUCAGACGACGAGGAUGCGGAAACCGAACGAUUGACCAUCUCGCCUGCGGAACUGCGGGUUAUUCGGCGCCUAUCUGCGCGAGUGAAUGUCCUUCCCGUCGUCGCUCGUGCCGACUCGCUUACGGACGAGAAACUCGCCGAGGUGAAAUCUACGGUUCGGAGAGACCUCCAGGAAGCAGGGCUUAGCUUCGGUGUCUUCGGGCCAUCAAAGGAUCCCGAGGAGGACGCUUCCGUCUCUCAUACGAACGGUACGCAUGAGAAUGGGGAGAGCAUUGGGUCGCCUGUCAGCGGGAGCGGCAACGCCUCGCAGAAUGGCGACUCUAAAGAGGAUGCUCAGCAUGAAGUCGACGAAGAGCGGCAAGCACGCCCUGUUAUCAAGCUGCGGCCCGUACGCAUGCCUAGUGCAAAACUGACGCGUUCUCGGUCACGUUCGCGAUAUGAUUCCGAAGACAUGGAUGACCGAGGGCCUCUGACGCCGGAUCCCACGGACAAGGAGAGUGUGGCUAACGUGCGAUUUUCGGCGCAUGUGGUUGCUAAGACCGACAUCACCACACUCCUUCCAUUCGCUCUCAUCAGUCCUGAGGGAGGUCGUCGGCACCGUCGCGUAGCCUCUCCAAUGCAGGACCCUAACAGCUCACUGUUGUCGCCGUCCGAAGACGGGCAUGCAGAUUCCUUAGCAUCUCCCCGCCCCUCGUCCGUGUUCUCGUCUGUUUCGACCCGCAGUAUGCCCUAUUUACAGGGCCCACCUGAAGACUUGAAAGGCGUCUUUACAAGGAAAUUCAGGUGGGGCACUGUGGACGUGUUGAAUCCCGACCACUGUGACUUCGCUGCAUUGCGCACUGCCGUGUUGUCCACUCACAUCAAGAUUCUAAAGGUCCACACUCGUGAAGUGUUGUACGAGAAGUAUAGGACCGAAAAAUUGCUUGCCAGGCGCGCGACACGCAAUAUCGGCGAUGCUGAGACAAAGCGUCUUCUGGAGGAUCUCGGAUUAUGA